ACGCGUGCGUGCCCUCCCAGCUUCCAGGUCUGCACUCUUCACUGCACGGUCGUCCUCCACUCCAGCAUCACUCACAGAAAACAGCAGCUAUGGCUGAACCCCCAGCGCCGGAUUCGACGGACGCUGCACGGCCAACCUCCCCGACCCCGGCCCCUUCUCCCUCGGCCAGCCUGUGCUCGGAGCCUGCAUCCAUGGCCCUGUCUCCCACCACGGACGACUCUCAGCGGCUACUCUUCUCCCACGACCUGGUCUCCGGGAGGUACAGAGGUUCUGUCAGGUUCGGCCUCGUACGGAUGAUCCACGGUGAGGAGGACUUCAAUUCGGACUCGGACCUUGAUGACGGCGGAGGGAGAGGUGGAGGUGGUGGAGGAGGGGGUGGCGGUGGUGGAGGAGACCAUGGUGGAGGAAAAGUCCCGUGUGGUUCGGACACAGAGAGUGCAGUGGGCAGUCGGCCUCUCGGUCGUGGAGUUGUCCGUGUCCAGUGGUACCCUGAUGGAGGCAAGCAGGACAUCAGGGAGACAAAGCUGAAACUUGAAGACAGAUCCAUCAUGAUUCGAGAUAUUGUUCGGCGGAAUAAUUCAACCGACAACCAGUGCGGCAUUGUCACCAACAUUGACAUUGAGUGUGCAGUGAAGCUUGUGGGGACAAACUGUGUCUUGUAUCCUGUCAAUAGCAAAGAGCUGCAACACAUAUGGUCUUUCAUGUAUGGUGACUACAUAGCCUAUGACUUCUGGCUGGGGAAAGUGUAUGACCUGACCAAUCACAUCAUCCUCAAACUCUCCAAUGGAGCCAGGUGUUCCAUGAGCGUGGAGGAUGGCGCUAAGCUGUAUGACGUCAGUCCUCACAUCAGUGAUUCGGGUCUAUUCUUUGACGAGGCAUAUGGCUUCUACCCGGGCCAGGUCUUGAUGGGUCCUGCUAAAGUCUUCUCUAAUGUCCAGUGGCUGUCUGGUGUCAAACCUGUCCUCAGCAGGAAGUGCAAGUUUAGGGCGGUAGUGGAAGAGGUAAAGGUGGUGGAGCUGAAGGUGACGUGGAUCACGAAAAGCUACUCACCAAAAGGCUCAGACAGCAUCUAUCCUCCACCCGGCACUGUCACGCAGGAGAAUCUCUGCAGGGUAAGGCGUCUAGGCUACUACGACCACACCCAGAGGGUGCUUGGUGAGAGGGCACUUUACGUGUUCCCUGCCAAAGGGGACACCACACGCAUUACAUUUGAAGGACCUGAAGGGACCCACGUCCUGCCGGAAGACCCUGUUGUCAGAAAGUUGAAAAGAAUUUUCAAGAAGGAUUCAGGGAAGAAGACUGAAAAUGUCGACGUACAAGGCGAGCACAAACCAGAACAAGCAGACUCCUCUCAUCACAACAGUAACGGCCCUGUGGGACCCAACCAGAACCCCCCUGACUCCCAAAAUACAAACGACACCCCUGCAGAACACGGAGAACAGGAUGCUGACGACGAGGCAGCAGAAGACACUGACGAUACCAGCUCUCUGACUUCAUCUGCCAGCUCCACGGCCUCCUCUCAAAGUGGUGGCCUUGGAACCAACCGUAAGAAAAGCAUCCCGCUGUCCAUCCGCAACCUAAAGAGGAAGCACAAGAAAAAGAGGACCAAGUUCUCCCGCGAGUACAAACCAGGAGACUGUGGUUUUGUGUGUAGUGUGGCUGUAGAAGUUGUGUCCACCAAAACCACAGCUGAUGUGAUGUGGAAGGAUGGGCAUGUUGAGAAGGGGAUCAGAUCAAAUGACCUCAUCCCCAUCCAGCACCUUGACAGCCACGAGUUUUGUCCUGGUGACUUUGUUGUAGACAAACGACCCCAAGCCCUCCAGGACCCAGGAGUAUACGGCGUGAUCCAAUCUGGUGAUCACAGGGGCAGAACGUGCGUCGUCAGAUGGAUCAAACUCAAUCCCACCAGUGAUGAUGUGGAGGUUAUCGGUGUGGAGGAAGAUGUCAGCGUGUACGACAUAGCUGAUCACCCUGAUUUCCAUUUCCGCACCACUGACAUUGUCAUAAGAAUAUGGAACUCAGACGGAGAGAACGAAUGUGAAAAUGAGACGUCGGUAGGCCAAGUGUCCAGGGUGGACAUAAGCAGCAAAGUGGAAGUGGUUUGGGCAGACAACUCUAUGACCAUCGUCCUCCCACAGCAUCUCUACGGUGUGGAGUCAGAGAUCGAGGAGACCGACUACGACUCCGUGGAGGAGACCAGCAGUGGCCUGUCCACUGAGGAAUGGGAGGAUGAGAGUGACAGCUGGGAAACUGACAACGGCCUCACCACAGAAGAUGACAGCCACAUCAACAAUAUGGACGUCACAGAGACGGCGACCCCCGUGCCCACCGGCUCCUCUGUGUUCAUUAUUCCCCCUCAAGAGGGCAGCAAAGUCACCAGUCCCACAAAAACAGUCGAGGGCGAAGCAUCGGUAGCUAUGGCUAGUGCUACUUCUGCAGGAGGAAGUACUCCAGCAGGAGCCAUCAAUGGAGCAGAGAAGCCGAGCAAAGACUGUGCUUCUCGAGGCUUCAGGGAGUUAAAGGAGGCCCUGAAGAUUCUGGAGAGCUUGAAGAACAUGACCGUGGAGCAACUUUGGACUGGCGUCUCUCCGACCUCGCCUACCUUAACUGAACCGGCUUCUGCAGCCAAUGUUGUGAGUUCGGCGCUGCCCUCAACCCCUGAGAAGCCUACCAAGGAGAAGCGUUUUCUGGAUGAUAUCAAAAAGCUCCAGGAGAACCUGAGAAAGACGCUGGAUAAUGUGGCCAUUGUGGAGGAGGAGAAGAUGGAGGCGGUGGUGGAGGCAGGUGGGGGUGCAGGCGCAGGGAUGGAGGUUGAGAAAGCUGCUGAGGAGAAGCCCCACCCGGAGCCUCAGACGCCGGUGGGUGGACAAGAGAGGCCCAGUGAUUUUCUGAGUGACACACCUGUACUGUGUCAACAGAGUGGCGGCAAACCUGGCGUCACCUUUACCAGUGCCAAGGGCGAAGUGUUCUCUGUCCUGGAUUGGGCACCAGACACACAUUCUUUUCACAAAAUAGAAUUUCAGCCAGCUGAAGCUAAGAAGUUCUUCAGUACUGUCAGGAAGGAGAUGGCUCUGCUGGCAACGUCACUGCCAGAGGGCAUCAUGGUCAAGACGUUUGAGGAUCGCAUGGACCUGUUGUCAGCUCUGAUCAAGGGGCCAACUCGCACUCCGUACGAGGAUGGCUUGUUCCUUUUUGACAUCCAGCUGCCUAACAUUUAUCCGGCAGUACCGCCUCUUUUUCGCUACCUGUCUCAGUGCAGUGGGCGCCUCAAUCCUAACCUCUAUGACAACGGCAAGGUCUGCGUCAGUCUGUUGGGCACCUGGAUUGGCAAGGGCACUGAGAGAUGGACCAGCAAGUCCAGUCUGCUCCAAGUCCUCAUCUCCAUACAAGGUCUUAUCCUGGUCAACGAACCCUACUACAACGAGGCUGGCUUCGACAGCGACCGUGGCCUCCAGGAAGGUUAUGAAAACAGCAGGUGCUACAAUGAGAUGGCCCUGAUCAAAAUGGUCCAGUCCAUGACCCAGCUCCUCCAAACCCCAGUGGAGGUUUUCAAACAGGAGAUCCAGGAACAUUUUCUUUCAAAUGGCUGGCGGCUAGUCCACCGGCUGGAGGCGUGGCUCGAGCUGCACGACACCUCCGAGAGGAGUCACGCCGCGUCCUCUCGGGGUCAUCACGCCAAGGCUCCUUCUGUGGAGCUUCUAGAUGAGCAGGCGCCUGUGGUGAUGGCCCAUAGCAGCCCCAGGAAUCCUGGGAUGGAGGGCAGUAUUAUGGAGGAGGAGCUGGAGGAUUCAGGACUGAGCCCCUCCACUAUCGCUGCCUCUCAGCAGGAGAUGAGCCACGUCUCAGACUGUGACAGCACCCAGGGGUGCACAUCUAUAAGCGGGGGUAGCAAGAGUGGCACUUUCGUUGUUCGCGCUGGUGUGAUGGAAUCUGUUUCCGCUGGCGGCGAUGGAGUGCUCGGCUCCAUGGGAACCCAGCCGGUGGUUCGACCAAAGAAACGGAGAAAGAGUUACCGCAGUUUCCUCCCCGAGGGCAGCGGCUACCCGGACAUCGGCUUCCCACUUUUCCCGCUCUCUAAGGGCUUUGUGAAGAGCGUCCGAGGCGUGCUGCUGCAGUAUCGAGCUGCGCUGGCUGCCGCCGCCAUCCCUGAUUGCACUGAGGACAAUGCCGCUACAGACAUGUGUGACACAAAGAAAAGGACCUGAUCUGCAAACCUGCAUACGACAAAGCCUCAUCUGCAGUAUAGUCAGGUAAUCACACAGUCGGUGGAAUAAAAACAGUGCCAUGAAUCCUGAUCCACCUCAUGAUGAUGCAUUAAGGGCACUGGGUUCCUCUUUAUAAAGGCCGCUUCUGCUGCCACUUUGUAGCACUACAGACAUCCUCCUGUGCUUAUCUGGGAGAGCCGACUCCAUCUGAGCACAUCAAGCAGGACUCUCCUUUUUUUUAACGGAAAUCACUACUUGUAUGGUUUUUGCCAAAUGUCAAUAUGUCAAACACACAGAAAAUGUACUGAAUGUUACGAAACUGCCAACUGCUUCUCCACUACUUUUGCACUUGCUGAAGCACGCAGCAAAUUCAGUGUGCAUAGGUUUGCAACACUUUUUGCUAUCAACCUUAAUUAAGACACAAAAAACAACCUGCCCAUUUCAUUAUCUCAUUGAUAUGUUGCCUUACUUGAGAAACAAUAUCUUGUACAGAGCUGCUUGUUAAAAAUAACACUGCACCUUGUUGCCAGUGUAGCUUUUGUAUGUGCGCCCCUUCAAACUGCAUGAAUGACACCAAACAUGUGAAAUUAUUAACUAUUGCUCUUUCCUGCCCCACGGAUGAGUGGUAGACAAAUAUUUAAAGAAAAAAAAAGAUACAUUACAGUCCUUUGGAGAUAAUGAGAUCAUUUCAAGACUGAUCUGGGUUUUAUUCUACUGGGUGAUGCUGUAAAGUACUGUGAAAGACAAAAAAAGUGAAACUUGUGCUUCCUCGGGAGUCUUUUGUUUACAUACUUAAAAAACAAACAAAAACAAAAUGGUAACUGCAUUCCAUCACACAUUGUUUUGGUGACUUAAGCCAAUGCUGUGCUUGUAACAUAGGCUGUCUGUGUGCUCGUUGGACUUGAGGAGGAUCAAAAAACAUAAGUUUUAAAUGAAUGAUGAUGAUGGUGGUGGUGUUUUGUCUUCCACAUGCACACACAUACAUACGUAACUCUUAAACCAGAUAAGGCAAUCAGGCUGCUGGAUUUUGAAGUCAUUAUUUCGGCUGCCUUUUAAUGUGACAGAGGAAACAGCGCAAGGUAUCAAAGGAAGAACAUGUUGCAAUUGUACAAUGUUCUGUGUAUGUAUAUUAUUUUCUCCCCCCCCAUCCCUGCAUACAGCCAAAGCAUGUAACAUGUUGCUUUAAUUUAAGCCUUUAAUUUAAGAACGGGCAAGACUUGACUGUCGACAUCUCCACAGUGGCUUGGUAUAUACAUAUAUAUACAUAUAUAUGAAGACGUUAUGAUUUCUAGACUGAUUACCUCUGUGCAGAUGUCAUGAAUAUAUUGGAAAGUCUAGAAAUACAUACAGUAGAUGAUUAUAUUUAACAUUCACUUGACUUCUAAGAUGUGUGGAUGCCCGGGGCACAUGUGCACAAAAUAUGACUGAUUUUUGUUUUUCUAAAAUUGCUUUUGUUGUGUUGAGACACAUGUAUUAUAACGUAUUAUUAAACUUUGCAAGCAGUACUAAAGUGA